GAGAAAGUGAAAAACAUUAUCCAGAAAAAUCAGACGUUACCACCAAUCUCUCAGCUUGCUUUGAAAUCCAAACAGAAACACCAGAAAGAAAAAAAAUGCAAGAAAGUUGUCAUCUUUAAAAAAAAAAUCACUCUUUCUUCUCUGCUCCUAACAUGGAGACCCUUCUCUCUCCACGUUCUCUCUCCCCUCCUCUCACAAAACCCACUCUAAAUUCCUCGUCUUUCUCCAGACCCAUCUCUUGCCAAUAUCCCAAGCUCGCUAAACCGGAAUCUCCAGCCCUCAAAAACUCGUUAACCAAUGCCAAACAGGCUUGUGCAGUUGGGAGGAGGAGCUUGAUGAUGAGUGGCUUGCUCAUGUCUGGUUUAAUGGUUUCAGAAGCCAAUCUACCAACAUCAUCAUUUGCUUUGACUUCAGUGUUCAGAGAGUACAUUGAUACAUUUGAUGGAUACUCUUUCAAGUACCCUCAAAACUGGAUCCAAGUCCGAGGAGCAGGCGCUGACAUAUUCUUUAGAGACCCUAUUGUCCUCGACGAGAACCUCUCGGUCGAGUUCUCUUCGCCUUCUUCCUCCAAAUAUAAGUCUCUUGAGGACUUGGGCUCCCCUGAAGAAGCGGGAAAGACAGUGCUUAGACAGUACUUGACUGAGUUUAUGUCCACUAGACUUGGGGUCAGGCGCGAGGCCAACAUCCUUACAACUUCCUCCAGAGUUGCAGAUGAUGGUAAACUCUACUACCAAGUCGAGGUGAACAUAAAGUCGUACGCAAACAACAACGAGCUCGCAGUGAUGCCACAAGACAGAGUGGCUCGUUUGGAAUGGGACAGGCGCUACCUAGCGGUUCUAGGAGUUGAGAACAAUAGACUCUAUUCAUUGAGACUCCAAACACCUGAGAAAGUUUUCCAGGAAGAGGAAAAAGACCUAAGAAGAGUCAUGGAUUCCUUCAGGGUCGAGAAGAUUUAAGAGAAGAAGCUUCUUCACAUUUUUCCAAACAAAAAAAACAAAAUUUCUUUACUGUAAUUUAAAAGGCUCUUGCUUGUAAUGUUCUUACAUGAUUCAAGUUAUUUAUAUUUGAGAAUUCAGAUUAAGUUUUUGGUCUGAGGAAGGUGGUAACUUGUAA